AUGGUUUUAUCCGCAGUUCCUCAGUCAACCAGCCAGCCGGGGAGCAGUAUGUCAAGGCAGCAGCAGCAGCAGCAGCACCGGACGCCGUUAAAAGUCACCGACAGCGUGGUGGAGGUAAAGAGCAAAUUUGAGGCAGAAUACCGUCGCUUCGCUCUAAAGAAAAAUGGCCAAGGUGACUAUCAGGAGUUUUACCGCUUCCUCCAGACCAUCCAUCAUAUACCUGGUGUUGAUGUGCUCCUGGGAUAUGCUGACAUCCAUGGAGACCUCCUUCCCAUCAACAACGAUGAUAACUUCCAGAAAGCUGUCUCGUCAGCCAAUCCACUGCUCCGUAUUAUUAUAACCAAGAAAGAGGAUGAACCUGUCAUAUUUGCCAACAACUCCCUCCAGAGGCGUAAAAAGGGGCUGGGUUUAACUGGGCUGCGCGCCACAAGUUCAGGCUCCACCCACUCAAAGAACAAACCAGGUCUUAUGAUUGGCCUCCCUAAGAACUUCAGACAGAUCUCUUCCAUCAUUGAUGUGGACAUCUUACCUGAGACUCACCGACGUGUACGACUUCAUAAGCACGGUACCCACAAACCACUAGGCUUCUACAUUCGUGAUGGGGUGAGCGUGAGAGUGACCCCACAGGGUGUAGAGAAGGUUCCGGGCGUGUUCAUAUCGCGUCUGGUACGUGGUGGGCUAGCAGAGAGCACAGGGCUGCUUGGAGUUAAUGACGAGAUCCUUGAGGUGAACGGCAUCGAUGUAGCAGGGAAAUCUUUGGAUCAGGUUACAGACAUGAUGGUGGCCAACAGUCACAACCUAAUUGUGACUGUGAAACCAGCUAACCAGAGGAACAACGUUGUGCAUCGUGGGAGUAAGACCUCAAUGGGGAACUCUGGUUCUGUAGGCUCAGCUGGAUCUACUAGUUCGGCUUUGUCACAUGACUCACCAAGCCCUGCCUCUCAGAGCAAUCCCAUUACUGCAAGCAACAGUAUUGCAGAGGGUGACAGUGAUGACGAAGAUGAUGAUGGUGACAUCAUUCUGGAGAAUGACUGUCUGACACCCUGCGACUCCCACAGACUUAACAACAGUAACAACACCAACCUCAACAGAGACUUACCUGUGAACAGGCAGCACCCCUCCUCCGUGGUGAGGCCCCUCCCACAGAGCAUCUCAUUGCCCAAUAGUUUUGGAGCAUCCUUGAGUGACUGCUUUAUGAUGACGUCCAUUCACAACGAGAACACAGCCAGCAUCAGUCAGGAGAGCAUGAGAGAAGACGGCAACAUAAUAACACUGUAA